AUUUAAAUAUGAUAAAUACUAAAUAAUAAAUACCUACCGGCUACCAAACACGAUGAGAGUUGUCAAAUUGUAAUAGCUUACGUUAUUUAAUAUUAUUUAUAAACAAAAUAGUGAAAUGUAAGUGAGUAAACCUCAAAAUUUUAAAUUUAAACUCGGUGAACCAAAUUAAGAUCUAUUCACUUUUUGGAAAAAAAUCUUAACGUUUAAUUCACAUUGACUUUUUUUCAACCAAAUAACUAAUUUAACACUGGUGAGCCGACUGUCUACAAUGGAGAUUAUGAUGAUUGAUUGCUUGAAUAAUGACACGGUCAGACAAUUUCUGUGUGCAACUCAGCUUGCAGCAAUCAACCUCAAAAAUAUAUCAAAAGAAGUUGAUUUUAUAUUGACAAUCCUGUCUCAUCCAAUAUUGCAAAAAUACCCACUGAAAACUGUGUAUAUCACUAGAUUUUUAAAAGCAAUUAUUAGUCAAAUGGAAAAUAGUGGAAAUGAAUUAUGCGAUGAAUUAUAUUUAAAAUAUGUUGAACUCAUCCAAAAAAAAUCUAAUGAAGGACCUUUUUAUAAACACUAUAUACUUGAUAAUAAUAUUAUUAGUAAUGAAUUAACUGAUUCAGUCAUAACAAUCCAAGAAAGUACGAGUAUUGUUUCACAAGGAACCACAGGACUCUGUACUUGGCAGGCAGGUAUUGCUCUAAGCUGUUGGUGUUUGAAAAAUCAAGAUAAACUAAACGACUUGUUUAUCAUCGAGUUGGGUUGUGGAACUGGGUUGAGUGGAAUAAGUAUUUGUUUAAACUGUAGACCAAACGAAUAUUGGUUUACAGACUGUCAUUCAACCGUUUUAAACACCUUAAAACAUAAUAUACAAGUUAACGAAACACAUCAUAAAUUUAAUUGUAAAUAUGAAAUUGUUCAGUUGUCCUGGAAUGAUACAGAGGAUUUAAAAAUGUUUGAAAAGAAAAAACCAGAUUUGAUUCUAGCAGCUGAUGUGAUCUUUGAUCCUACAACGUUUGAGCCAUUAUGUAGUUCAUUGAGGUAUUUUACAAUCAAUAAUACAACCGAAGUAAUACUUUUUUGUACAUUAAGAAAUCCUGAGACUUAUACAAAAUUUUUAGAAACCCUAAAAAAGUAUGAUUUGAAAUUUACACAAAACAUUUUACCUAACAAUUACUCAAUUGUGUUACAACAAGAAUGUCCAAUAUAUUUAAUACACAUAAAACAGAAUGCAGUCAUAUCUAAAGAUCAUGUAUUAUAGUUCAUUUUAAAUCAUUGGUACAAUGGCUGAAUAAAAAAUAAAUAUUCCUUUGAA